AGGCGGGGCCUCGGGUGGCGGGAAGAGGAGGCGCUGAAAUGGAGGAGCUUGGGAGCUGUGGUGGCGCGACCGAUCGCGGGAUCCAGGACACUGCCGCUGCCCCCAGCAAAGCCUCCAGCAGCGCCGGCCACUAUGAGCUGCCGUGGGUUGAAAAAUAUAGACCUAUAAAGCUGAAUGAAGUUGUUGGGAAUGAAGACACAGUGAGCAGGCUGGAGGUCUUUGCAAGAGAAGGGAAUGUGCCCAACAUCAUCAUCGCUGGCCCCCCAGGAACUGGCAAAACUACAAGCAUCCUGUGUUUGGCACGAGCUUUGCUGGGCCCAGCAAUGAAGGAUGCUGUCUUAGAACUCAAUGCUUCAAAUGACAGGGGCAUUGAUGUUGUGAGGAAUAAAAUCAAAAUGUUUGCUCAACAAAAAGUCACGCUUCCCAAAGGUCGACACAAGAUCAUCAUCCUGGAUGAAGCAGACAGCAUGACUGAUGGAGCCCAGCAAGCCUUGAGGAGAACCAUGGAGAUCUACUCUAAAACGACUCGCUUUGCUCUUGCUUGUAAUGCUUCCGAUAAGAUCAUAGAGCCCAUCCAGUCCCGGUGCGCCGUCCUCCGCUAUACCAAGCUGACUGAUGCCCAGAUACUGGCACGGCUGCUGAACGUGAUCGAGAAGGAGAAGGUGCCAUACACUGAUGAUGGUCUGGAAGCCAUCAUCUUCACAGCCCAGGGAGACAUGCGGCAGGCAUUGAACAACUUGCAGUCCACUUUCUCAGGAUUUGGCUUCAUCAACAGUGAGAAUGUAUUCAAGGUCUGUGAUGAGCCCCACCCUCUGCUCGUGAAGGAGAUGAUCCAGCACUGUGUGGAUGCCAACAUUGAUGAGGCCUACAAGAUUCUUGCUCACCUGUGGCACCUGGGCUAUUCACCAGAAGAUGUCAUUGGCAAUAUUUUCCGAGUGUGUAAAACUUUCCAAAUGGCAGAAUACUUGAAACUGGAGUUUAUUAAGGAAAUUGGAUACACUCAUAUGAAAGUAGCAGAAGGAGUGAACUCCCUUCUGCAGAUGGCAGGGCUCCUGGCCAGGCUGUGUCAGAAGACAAUGGCACCGGUGGCCAGUUAGAGCAGAGACUUCACUGACUGUUACAAGAAUCUUCCUCCCUGAAGUACAGGAGUCCCCACGGCCUUCUGAUCAGGAGAGAAAAAUGCCACCUCAACCAGGACCAGUACCCGCUUUAAACUAUCGUGGCUUUCACAUUGUCUCUACCAGGUCUCCACUCCACAACUGUUUGCCUUCAACCUCAGACUUGUCCAAGUGGUGAAGGGGCAGAAAGGCCCCAUAGAAGCUUAGGGGCGGGGCAGCUGAUCUGUGUGCUUGUGGGUUGACAUUUUAGCUAAUAAAGUCUUGCAGCAUUUGUGGGCAAUAAGGUGACCACAUGAGGCCUCCAGGAAAAC